AGGGACCUCCCCAUCAAUGGCACCCCCCGAGCCACCUAGCCGCCCGUCGCUCUUCCCGUGACCCCCACCACGCGCCUCAUGCCCGCCUCGGAAAUCGACGACAUCUUUGCUGCAAAACCCAAGGCCACCGUGCCUGCUGCGUCCUCCUCCACACAACCUCCGAAAAAGUCAAAGAAGAAGAAGGACAAGUCUGCGAAGAGAAAGCGCGAGGCCGAAGAUGGCGACGAUGAACCACAGCCUGCCAAGCGUCGAGUACCAGAGACCGUGCUCGACCCGUCAGUCACCCCAACACCGGUCGGCCCGCCAAAGUCAAUAAAGGCAGCCAAGCUGGAAAAGCUCGCCGCUGGCACCGCAGUAGCGAAGAAAACCCGCAGCAAAAACAAGGAAGACGAAGCGCGGUUCAAGGACUCGAGAGGCAACGGGCCCAGACGGAAAACCGAGGAAGGCUUUGCCAUAUUUAAAGAGGACGAACUAGGGAUCUCUAAUGAAGGUGGUGACACGCCGUUGUGUCCGUUCGAUGUGAUUGCUGCUUUGAAACUGAGUUCGGAGCUGGGUCGCUGUCCUGUGCACUGCAUGGAGGAAGAUGGUAUGUUUUCGCGAUAUCCCCGCCAAUGCUUGUGUAUUUUUAGGUGUGCGCAAUAUAUCUGUAUUCCCUAGAUCGCAACCAGCAGUGUCCAGCACAGCUCGCGACCAUCAGGCUCUAUCGAAGCCUCGUCUACCUCUCCCCGUGGUUGUGCGAGGUCAAUGUGUAGCCAAGAUCAAUCUCCCGAGAUCAUCUAUCCUCAGCGAGCAUCAUCCCUCGCAUGAGGUGCCCAGCGCAUCGACGCCUUCCGGGGACACGUUCAUAUCAUGUUCCCUCAGUAGUAUUGAUACACCCAGGCAAGGCUAUCCAGACCGUGCAUCGAAUGGAUG